CUUUGUAAACGACACCACCCUGACCGGAAUCCGCUUGAGAAGAAGAGCAAGGCCUCACAUCCGCUUCUUGUGGACCCCUUCUCUGAUUAUUUUCUUUCCGGCAUUGUCGAAGUCCUAAGCACCAUGCCUCUCGCACGCGAUCUGCUGCACCCCACUCCAGCUGAGGAGAAGAGGCGCCACAAACUUAAGCGCCUGGUCCAGCACCCCAACUCAUACUUUAUGGACGUGAAGUGCCCUGGCUGCUACAAAAUCACUACAGUGUUCAGCCAUGCCCAAUCCGUUGUUGUAUGUGCCGGUUGCUCCACAAUUCUGUGCCAGCCCACUGGAGGACGAGCAAGGCUCACGGAAGGAUGUUCCUUCAGGCGUAAGCAGCACUAAGUAAUUAAUAAAAAAAAAUUGUUUACUUU